AGUAGAAAACAAUUUUAUAAAAGAUCAUUGAAAAGAGCAAAAAAAAAAAAAAACUAUAACAAAGUUACUUCUUUUUUUGGGGGGGCUAAAGCAGCUUAAGCUGCGAACAAAGCAUUCCACAUUAUUUUUACUUUGGUUUAGUGUUUAUGUGAGAGGAUCUUAAGAAAGACCACAAACAUCUUUAGGAGUAGCUUACAGAAUUGAGAACUUAACAAGACCAACAUGAAGAUCACGCUUGCUGUGUUAUUUUUGGCUGGACUAACAAUUUAUUGUAAAUGUGCUGCGGUAUUAUCUUUACCACCAUCACUUAUCGCUCAUGCGGCAUCCUUGGACGAGAGACUAAAAACUCUAAAACCUUUUGCGUUGGCUAAAGACAAUGAGACCCAACAACAACAUCAGCAGCAGCAACAGCAAUUGUCCGCCAAUGAAGAUGAAGAAUCGAAUGAGGCAGUGUUGGCAGCAGAUUUAUAUACAAAUUUUAAGAAUUUGUGGCAUAACAACAACGAUCUAAGUUUAAAUUUACAAAAACGUGAGCGUAAUACCUUUGAUGAUGAUAUCGUCGAUGUUGCAGCAAUGCAACAACUACAGCGACAAAAACCCAUAGCAACAAUUAACAAAAACAACCAAAAUCAAAAUGGCCUUAAGCCACACGACAACUACGACAAUGUUGGUCAUAAUAAAAAUGGCAACAACAACAAUCAUAAUAAUAAUAAUAAAAAUGAAAAUAACAUUUCAAAAUCGUCUUUGGCAUCAUCUUCUUUGCCAUUGUCGUUGUCUAGCGCCGCCACAAAUAUGAAUGAAGCCACAAAUUUGAAUUUUAAUUUACCUUCACACAAGUUUACCUCUGUCGAAGUAUACGAUGACGACAACGGCGAAUGGUUGUCCCCCAGCCCUCAAACGAUUGACGAUAUUUUUGUCUCGCCACCUCAUCUUCAUAAUCAUCAGUACAUAAAAGAACCUUCAAUACCACAACUUAAACGCAGAGAAUUAGAAAAUAUGCCCUUAGCCAAUGCCGCUGCUGUAGAAGAUUCAACAAUUUUGAAUAGAUUCCUAAAGCCAUCGAAAUAUUGGUCCAGACAAUGUCCAUUGGAAAAUGAAAAUAAUUGCCUGCAGGAAUAUUAUGGUACUCUUAUUGCUGACAGAAAUAAUGCUUUACUAAAACAUUUACAAAGCGGACAAAACAACCACCCAUUUGCAACUGAAGCUGGGAAAACUUCAUCCCAUAAUAAUUACUAUAACAACAAAGUAAAUGUAGAGGAUGACAUUAUCUUACUAUUGACGGCAGAACAAAAUUUAAUACAAUUUUUAAGUUGGGCUCUGAAUGAACUCUAUUCAUAUGGUAAGUUUUCAAAUAUAACGGAUAAUGGAGCUGACUCUUAUCAUCCGGGUAUGUAUAUGUGGAAGAAAUUAAAUCUAUCUGGUCGCCUAGAACCACCACUGCUAGUUGAUGAACCCCGGUAUGUGAUUGUACGACGAGAAUAUGAUCAGAGUGAUGAUGAAAAUGAUUAUAAGAGAGGUUUAAAUUAUGGUGAAGAUCCAUUUAUACCGCCUAGAGGACGUAAACAUAAUUUACCAGAUCUAGAUUCAUUGUUGCAUCGUUAUGAGACAUUUGUGCCGAAUCGUGGACGACGUGAUAAAAUCAAAGACAUUUUUAAAUAUGAUGAUCUCUUCUAUCCAAAUCGUGGCAAAAGACAAAUGACUACUGCAGUCAAUGACAACGGCGGCGUUAUAGAUGAAAGAAACGCGGACGACAAUGACAUCGAAACUAUUGAGGCAGGUAAUGAACGACAUGAAAUGCAACAACAUCCUUUGUUGUCAAAUGAACUGAUGGAAUAUAUAGAAAAUUUAAUGGCGAAAAUGAAGAGAAAAUUACAGCCAGAUACCGAUGACAACAACAACAAAAAUGAUGAUGAAAAACUUGCAAAUAGUUUUGAUGAAAUGUUCAACAGAAAUGAGCCGACAACAAGAAUGUCAACCACAUUUCAACAAGCAUCACCAGCAGCAGCAUCAGCAAGAGUAGUAGCAAAUUCAGCAUCACCAUCAUUAUUGAAAAAACGUUUUAAAUCAAUGAUCAAUAUUUUACACAAUCGUAAACAACAGCAGCAGCGUCAUCAUCAACAACCAAAUCAUUACUACAACAACAACAAUAACAGACGUCAAUGGUGGAAAAGAUAUACGAAAAAAGCUAAAACAUCUACUACACGACCAACAAAUAACAAUGUUAGACCAACAAUGCCAACAAUACGAUCGCCUACAUUGGAUACAAAUAGAUUACAGACAACUUUAAGAUCAAUGUCACCUUUACAACAACUAACACAAAUAUAUCAAGAAAAACAUCAGCAACAACAACAACCAGACCUUUCUCCACCUUAUAUGAAACUAGCUAGUAAAUUUAUGUGGCAGCAACAACAAAACUUAUUGAAAUCAUUAGCUCAACAAUUUGAUCCUUUGUCUUGGCAUAAAUUACAAUUGUUGCUACAACAACAACAGCAGCAGCAACAAUAUCAACAUCACCAUCAUCAACCAUUAUUGACAAUGCGACAUCCACGUUUGACAGCCUUGCAACACUUGCCCGCAAUACAACAGUACCAACAACCCCAAAUGCAACGCCUGGCAACGCCUCAAGAGACACAAUUAAAGUAUUCAUACGAUCAACUAGAUAAUGAUAUAACUAAUGAUCUUGAUAAUUUCUAUAAUAAGGAUAUAGAUUAAACUAAACGAAACGAGACUAAUCAAAAAGACUAUGGAAACUAACAACUAAACUAUAUAGCCAAUGAUAUACUAUUUAUAUGUUUAAAGAUUUUUGUCAAAUGAUAAGAUAUUUUUUGAUUUUCUUUAGAAAUGGCACUCAUUGUUAAAGUUAAUUAAGUUGAAGAUAGAAAUGUUUUAAUUUAGUUGAAUGAGAAUUUGAUGGUUUUGGAUAUUGUGUUGUUAUUUAAUUAUUUUUUUUAUAAAUUUAUUUAGUGUAUAUGUGUAUAUAAUUAAUAAGUAAAAAUAUUGAUAUUAAAAAUAAUAAAUAUAAAAUAAUAAAGUUUAUGAAGCAAACUGAUUUAAAAGAAAUCAACAAAAAUU